CGAUUAGAGAUUGGCCAACGCCGCGUACGUUGACAGAGUUGCGGUCGUUUUUAGGCCUAGCUAACUAUUAUAGAAGUUCGUGAGGAACUUCUCCACCAUCGCUGCGUCCCUUCGCAGAUUGCUAAGAAAAGAGACAAUCUGGAAGUGGGACAAGGACUGCACGUCUGCCAUGAAGAAGCUAAAGCAGGCGUUGAUAGAGUACCCGGUCCUUAAGGUCGCCGAUCCGUCCUUGCCUUUUGUCGUUACUACGAAUGCUAGCCAGUACGGCAUAGGCGCAGUGUUGCAGCAAGACGAUGACAAUGGGUAUAGACCCGUAGAGUUCAUGUCCGCCAGAAUGCCUUCAGAGAAGGUCGCGACAUCUACCUACGAGAGGGAACUCUACGCUCUCAGGCAAGCGUUAGACCACUGGAAGCACUACUUGCUUGGGAGGCACUUCAAAGUCUAUUCUGACCAUGAAACGUUACGAUGGUUAAAGACGCAGGCCAAGAUGACACCUAAGCUUACUAGGUGGGUCGUAGAGAUAGAUCAGUACGACUUUGAGCUCAAGCCUGUCAAAGGGAAGUACAACGUAGUCGCGGAUGCUCUGAGUAGGAGGGCAGAUUACUUCGGGGCGAUAGUGCAUUACCUCGAUAUAGGGAAAGACCUGCAGCAAGAGGUUAGAGAGGCCUAUGCACAGGACCCUAUCUAUAGUGACGUCCUUAAGAAAGUCAAAGAGGCACCAGAGACUGAGCCGAAUUACCGCACUAUUGAAGGAUUGCUACUUGAAAAGACUAAUGUCUUUGACCGGUUGUGCAUCCCCAAUAGCAAAAAGAUCCGUAGUCUGAUCUUGGGAGAAUGCCACGACACAGAGGGUCAUUUUGGUUGGCAAAAGACCUUAGCCAAUUUGAUGCGCGCGUAUACCUGGCCAGGGAUGAAGAAUGACUGCGUAGAGUAUGUUCGCAGUUGUAAGGGUGAUCCAAAGUGCGAACAAAACGAUGGUGUUGUCAGUGCGGAUGGUGAAGUAUUGCCCGUCGAGGUACGGGCGCCAGACUGUGACGGCGUGAAUCACGGCGAGGAGUUCCUUCUCGUUGGAGGGGUAAUUCAUCUCCGCGGGAAGGAGCUUCUUGCUUGCGAAGGCGAUGGGGUAUUCGUCGGGUGGAGCCUCGGGGUGAGUGGGCGAGUCCUUGAUGGAGGGGGUCUCGGCGGUGUCGCGGGGGGAAUGUUGGGACAGUACGACUCCAAUGGCGAAGUCGGAGGCAUCAGUGGUGACAUAGAAAUGGCGAGUGGGGUCGGCGAUCUUGAGGACAGGGGCCGUGGUGAUGGUUUGCUUGACGAAGUCGAAAGCGUGUUGGCGGCGAUCGUUCCAAUUGAAGGGCUCGUCCUUGCGUUUGAGUUUAUGGGGAGGGCCGAGGAAGGAACGGAGUUGGAGGGGGGUUUUGGGUGGGGGGUACUCGACAAGGGCUGUGACCUUCGAGGGGUCCAUACGGAUGCCUUCAAUAGAGACUAUGUGGCCAAGGUAUUCGACGCUCGAAGCGGCAAACGUACAUUUGUUGAGCUUGGCGUAGAAUUUUUGCUCUCAGAGGAUCGAGAGGACUUGGCGAAUGUGGUGAAGGUGGGACUCGAAGGUGGGGCUAAAGAUGAGGAUGUCAUCAAGGUACACGACGACACAGACUUCGAGGAGGUCACGAAAGAUGUGGUUCAUGGUGGACUGGAAUGUGGCGGGGGCAUUGGUGUGUCCGAAAGGCAUUACGAGGAACUCGUGGUGCCCAAACCGAGAGCGGAAGGUGGUCUUGUGGGUGUCCUCCUCGCGGAUAAGGAUCUGGUGGAAGCCACUAUGGAGGUCGCUCUUGGUGAAAUAUUUGGCUCAACCGAGGCGAUCAAGAAGUUCAGAUAUUCGAGGGAGUGGGUACUUGUUCUUGAUCAUGAUCCGGUUCAAGGCACAGUAGUCUGUGCACAUGCGGAGUUUCGAGGUGUCGUUCUUCUUGACGAAGAGACAACUGGUUCCGAAGGGGGAGGAACUAGGCUUAAUGAAUCCUUUUUCAAGGAGUUCAUUGAGUUGGCGCUUCAUUUCUUCGGCCUCGGGGACGGAGAGUUGGUACGGAGGGCGGCAAGGAGGAGAAUGGUCGGGCUCGAGAUCAAUGGUGUGGGAUACACCUCGAUCGGGAGGCAAACCGGCGGGCAAGGACUCGAGGAAGACGUCCUUGAAUUCAAAGAGGAGAGUGGUGAUUUGAGGAUCGGAAGGGGGUCUUGGUUAGGUUUGUCCGUUGGAAGCAAGUCCUCGGGGCGCUCGUGAAGCGGGGCGGGAGGGAGCGAGCGGGGACUGGUGAUGGGGGUGGAGUCGUCGAUUGUGGUGAAGCAUGUCGGGUUCGUGGGCGAGGGCGGUUGCAAGAUCUUUGUGGCAUACUCGCUUGAUGCGGGAGAUGAACGCAAAGUCGGGAAUGACGGUGGUGGGGAGGUGAUGGUGGAGGGAGCGAAUAUCCGUGGGACCGGUCUAGGGGAGGUGACAAAAUUGUUCGAGGUAGUCAUCAAUGGUUUUCUGGGGGUGGAAGCUGGCAGUGAGAAGGUUGGCCCAUUGGAGGAAGGAGUGACGCAGUCCUCCGGAGGCGAGGCGGUUGAGGGCAAUGGGAAGCCAGUGGACAAGGGGCAUGUGGUGGAGCUUGAAAGAGUCCUAGAGCUGGGUAAGGAAGAGGAAAACGUCCUCGUGGGGAAGGCCGGAGAAGGGCAUGAUGUCGGCGGAUCAAAAGGAACGGGGGAUUUCCCCUUCUCGGGAAACGAUCCGGGUGAGAGUGCUGAAGUUGAGGUUAUCGGGGGUAGUGUCGUAGCAGAUGAGGGGGGGGGAAGGGUGGAGGAGGCAGGGGUGGUGGAUGUGGUGGUAGAGGUAGUAGGAGUGGAGGAGGUCGGCGGGGGGGUGUUGCUAGAGGCGGCUAUGGACGUGGGGGUGGUGGUCGCGACCACUUGGAUGGAUGGGGUAGUGGUUUGGGACUCCAGGGCAGUCAACCGGCUUGAGAUGCCAGCGACGGAAGUGGAGAGUGUCCGGAGGGAGUCUUGUACGAAUCGAAGGAUGGAGAGGAGGGAUGGGGCGGGGUGUUCUCCUCGAUGGCUUGUUGGCCAACGAGUUCGUGGCGAGGUGGCGGAGGAAGAUGGAGCAGUGGAGGUUGUAGCAGCGGAUGUGAUAGCGACAGAGGUGGUGGCGGCAGCGGCAGCGGCAGCGGCAGCGGCGGCGGCRCGUUGGGAGGUCUUGGUUUGGCGUGGUGGCAUGUGGAGAAGGGGCGGACAAUUCCUAUGUACAAGAGUAGAGCGUCAACAAGUGAUUUAGUAAUGAAGGUAGCAUAGAAUC